AUGCAAAAGCUUUCCCUUGUGUUCCUAGCCCUCCUUGUGGGCGCAGCUGUCGGAAAUUACUGUAACUCCGGUGGAGACUUCCCCGGGGACUGUAAGGACCGUCAGUCGAACCGAGACUGUCUUUUAUCCGGUGGAGACUCAUCCGAAGACUCUUCUGAUAAGUCCUCUGCCAACAGCGGCUCCAGCGAAUCUCACGAAUCCAAGACCACCCUCUCCGUCCUCUCCUCCACCGACGUCACCAUCCAAUCGUCCACCUACGGAGAAUGCUCCUGCAGUUGUGAAAACUCCGGAUCUGAUGAAGGCUCCGGCUCCGGAUCAUACGAAAGCUCCGGCUCUGGAUCCGAAGAAGGUUCUGGAUCUGGAUUGGAAGGAGGUUCCGGAUCUGGUGCAGGAGGAAGCUUUGGAUACGGCGACUACUGUCUCCUGCUCCAAUACUUCUACAACAUCAGCAUCGAAAUCGAGGACGUUGAGAUCCGCCAGGAAUGGAUCCUGUUCAUCGAAGAGCUCCAACUCACCGUCAUCUUCGACAAGACCCUCACCAUCGACGAGAAGCUCGUUCUCAUCUACACCAAGCUCCAAGCUUUCCUUGAGAUCCAUGUUGAGAUCCAAGAGCUCGUCUACUACACCUACAUUGAAGAAUGGAGCGGAUACGUCUUCGAUCUUGAAGCUGUUGUUCUCUUCAUCCAAUACCAGUACACCUCUACCAUCGUCGAACUGGACGCCUCCGGCUCCUGCAUCUUGUUCGAGGCUCUCCGCAACUGCACUGCCGUCGACGCUGAAUUUUCUACCAGAAUCGAGGUUCUGAUUGAGGAAUUGACCGUCAUUCUUGAGUCCACCAGCUACACCUACAGCUACCAAUUGGUGUUGAUCUACGAGAAAAUCGAAGCCUUCUUUGCUGAAUACAGCGAAUACGAGGCUGCCAUCUUGGCCAUCGAAAUUGAAGGCUAUGGAUCUUUCGCUUCCUUCUAUGAAGUCAUCGUCAACGUAAGUCACACAAUCACUUAUCAUCCAUUUUUUUAGUACUGGCGUGUGGCCAACUACGAGGUCGUGGUUGGAGGUUCCGCUUCCAGCUGUGCUCUGAUCGAGGUCCUCACUGAGUGCUACGAGAACACCUCCAGCGGAUCCAUCUCUCAACGCUCUCAGAUCAAGCAGUUGGUCGAGAAACUCACCGCCUACUUCGAAUCUGAAGUCUCCGUCGAACUCCGUGUCUCUUACUUCGUCGAACAGAGCUACCAAUUCCUGAUCCUCAACCAGUGGUCCUUGGAAUUGAUCUUCUCGCUUGAGAUCGACGGAUUCGGAUCCAUCUACGAGCUGAUCCUUGCCUUCUCUUUCGUAAGGGCUAUCUGAGGGUAUUUCAUUCAUGUUUUUAGGAAAAAGACUGCGGCGGCUUUGACUUUGGCUCCCAAACGACCACUCCCGCCAUCGAGUCCACCACCGAGGCUGUUGAGAGCACCACCCACGCCACCGGCGACUGCUCUGUCGUCUUGGAUAUCAUCAAGUUCCAGAACAACAUCACCGAUCUCUCCUGGUCCAUCGACCAAGCUCAACUGAGCUGGAAUCAGACUGAGAUCACCAGAUUCUCCGCCUACGAAAAGAGGAUCUACACCGUCACCUCCAACACGACUGCCACUUCGGAGCAAAUCUUUGAGAAUGUCGUCAACGUCUUCAACGUCUGGACUAAGGACCAAUUCUACUUGAGCCUGACCUAUGACAUCGUCAUCCAGAUCUAUCACGAGACCGCUGAGCAAUACACUUGGGGAACCGUCAAACAGUUCUGCGCUUGCGCCUAA